AGACAGUAAACGGUAAAUUCAGGAGCAUCAAGAGCGUGGAUUCUUAAUUCAAACGCUUGAAAACAAUUGUGAAUCCAGAGCAUGUCUUCAAAUUACCGCGUCAUCCUGACAAUAAUACAGGUUUUAUUAAUUAGGGUUGCCAUAGCGACAACUUCUGGCUGCCCAAACCUGGCGUCUCACAGAAAAGCUCUUGAAGGCAAAUUAGGAAGUACGGUUCAAAUCAAGAUAUUCAAUGAUUUUUCGGGACGAAAAUCUUAUAAUGUUCUUUGGGCUAAACCGACGUCCGUGAGACAGAUUUCAAAGUUGGUCAAGCAAGCCAAAAAAUUAGGUUUAACUGUGCGGACCGUCGGUCGUGGUCACUCCUGGUCCCCUUUACACCCCGACCCUUGUCAAAUAGGAGUGUCUUUAUCAGACCUUAAAGGAGAGAAGUACUCUUUAGAUGCAGAAAACAACAGACUCACCGUGUUAUCGUCGGAGAACGUAGAGCAGAUAAUGCAAUGGGCUGCAAACAAAAAUGUGACAUUAGGACCCAUGCCUCUUAGAGUGUUGGACGCUUCCUUUCCCGGAAUCAUCGGAACUGGUUCUCAUUCGUCGAAUAUAAAUGCUAGUCCCAUUGCGAAUGAUGUGGUCGGACUUGAGCUCGUAGAUGGAAAGGGCAGAGUCCGGAAAUUCUCAGAUAAUGAUGAGGAGGACAAAGAAGUUAUUGACGCAUGUAGGGUCCAUCUCGGAUUGUGUGGCAUCAUUUACAAAACAACAAUAAAGGUGAUCCCUGAUUUCAAAUUGAAAUUCUCAUCUGGAGUUAUUCCCGUACGUAAACUACUCGAUACGACGAAUCGUAAAGAUCUUGUGAUGAACAACUGGGGUGUCGUCAUGAUAAUGCCUUUGACUUUCGCUGGUGCGACACAAGCUGAAAAGGAUGCGAUGAACGCCGAUCCGUUACGGAGAAUACCACAGAGCUAUGACAUCAGAAAUGAAAACUUUUUUGUAAGGAUAUGGAGCGAGGUAGACCAGAACACGCCAAUACAGGAUCCUCAGCCCGACAGCAUAACGUUAGCUGAUGGAUCGUCUUAUAGCACUACGUCUGUGAUCAAACCUUUUUCGUCAGGAAUCUAUAAUGGGGCUUUCUCGAUUGAACCCAUAGGCUGUGUUAGGCCCAGGUCAUCGAUAUCAUUUGCCCAACCAGAAUCUGACGAUUUUCUUGCAAGUAGCGCAACUUUGGAGAACGGCCUGAAUGUGCUUGAAAGAAUUUUCAAAGACAUUGGUUUCUAUCCCCGUUUAUUUGGGGCAAAUAUUAUACGCUGGAUGAAACACGAUGAUCGGUGUUUGCUUUGUCACACUAAUAUAGCAAACGCUAACAAGAAGGUGAUGUUUUAUGAUGCGUCGACUAACUUUGACGGUUGUAAUAAUUUUCUAAUUAACAACACUGAUAGGAUCAGACUACAAGAGUUCGAGACUGAGUUUGGCGCUGGUGUCAUGAAAAAUAACUCGCAGUCGUUACCACACUGGGCCAAGCACAACCCGUACGUUCCUGGAAUGACCGACCUCUUCAGAUCCAAUUUGAAUGAAAAUCUGGCAUCCUUCCUGAAUGUGCGUGCCAAGUACAAGCUUGACAAGAAAAAUGUGUUUGUGAAUUGCCAUUUGAGAGAUAUCUUUACUCUAGUGUAAUUCUUUGACUUCAUCAACUUGUGAUGUAUACUUCGGAAACUAUCAAGACGAUUUUGAAAAUGAUUGCUAAUUACAGAGACAUAUGAAACAUGUACAAUCUUGUUUAAUUGCACU